CCUAAGAGCUUUCAGCUUCCCAGGACAAACACCCUCCCUGAGGAGCAGCCAAGCCCAGCAGCCAAGCUCAGUCAGGGUAGGCCUUUGUGAAGAAGCAGCUAUAGAAGAUGUGUGAAGAGGAGGACAGCACUGCCCUGGUGUGUGAUAAUGGCUCAGGGCUCUGUAAGGCCGGCUUUGCUGGGGAUGAUGCCCCCAGAGCUGUCUUCCCUUCCAUCGUGGGUCGUCCCCGACAUCAGGGGGUGAUGGUGGGCAUGGGCCAAAAGGACAGCUACGUAGGGGAUGAAGCACAAAGCAAAAGAGGAAUCUUGACCUUGAAAUAUCCAAUAGAACAUGGGAUCAUCACAAACUGGGACGACAUGGAGAAGAUCUGGCAUCACUCCUUCUACAAUGAGUUGCGUGUGGCCCCAGAAGAGCAUCCUACUCUGCUCACUGAGGCCCCCCUGAACCCCAAGGCCAACCGGGAGAAAAUGACUCAGAUUAUGUUUGAGACUUUCAAUGUACCAGCCAUGUAUGUUGCCAUCCAAGCUGUCCUGUCUCUCUAUGCCUCUGGACGUACAACUGGUAUCGUGCUGGACUCUGGAGAUGGUGUCACCCACAAUGUGCCCAUCUACGAGGGCUAUGCUCUGCCCCAUGCCAUCAUGCGUCUGGAUCUGGCUGGCCGUGAUCUCACUGACUACCUCAUGAAGAUCCUGACCGAGCGGGGCUACUCCUUUGUGACUACUGCUGAGCGGGAAAUUGUGCGUGACAUCAAGGAGAAGCUUUGCUAUGUGGCUCUGGACUUUGAAAAUGAGAUGGCCACGGCUGCGUCCUCCUCCUCCCUUGAGAAGAGCUAUGAGCUCCCUGAUGGCCAAGUGAUCACCAUUGGAAAUGAACGUUUCCGCUGUCCAGAAACUCUCUUCCAGCCCUCCUUCAUCGGGAUGGAGUCUGCCGGCAUCCAUGAGACGACCUACAACAGCAUCAUGAAGUGUGACAUUGACAUCAGGAAGGACCUCUAUGCCAACAAUGUCCUGUCAGGGGGCACCACCAUGUACCCAGGCAUCGCUGACCGGAUGCAGAAGGAGAUCACAGCUUUGGCACCCAGUACCAUGAAGAUCAAGAUCAUCGCUCCUCCAGAGCGCAAGUACUCAGUGUGGAUCGGCGGCUCCAUCCUGGCGUCUCUGUCCACCUUCCAGCAGAUGUGGAUCAGCAAACAGGAGUACGAUGAGGCUGGCCCCUCCAUUGUCCACCGCAAAUGCUUUUAAGACCAUUCCCUUUGCUGCCCAUCUGUCCUCUGCACACAACUGUGAAUGUAGUCAGGAAUCCCCGCUUGCAACUCCAUCCCCAAAUGUUCUGAAUAAAGGCUCUCACUGGA